AUGGCCACCUUGGCCUCGUCACCCCCGACCUCGCCCUCGUGGCCGAAACGACGCCCUCGAGCCUGGGCUCUCCGCUGCGAACGGUACUGCUGUGCAGCAGCAACCUGCUUUCCACUCGCCUUCGUCUACGGCCUCACCACAUGGGCAGUAUACGUCGCUGUCAGCAUCGGCAUCAAACCGUCACGGAGUGACUGGAUAGGUAUCCCGAGUUCCAUCCUCGCAUUUUCCCUCUACGCCCUCCUCAAUUUCUCAUAUACCGUCGCUGUUUUCACUGAUCCGGGGUCACCGACUUCUACUAGUCGCGGGACCGACCGUCAUGAGUACAGCGCCCUCCCUCCCUCCGAAGACCCGGAGUUCACAUCGUAUACCGUCACCUCGACAGGUGAAUCACGAUACUGCAAAAAAUGCCAGUGUCCGAAGCCGGACCGCGCGCACCACUGCUCGACAUGCAGACGAUGUGUCCUCAAGAUGGACCACCAUUGUCCCUGGCUGGCAACAUGUGUUGGGCUGCAUAAUUAUAAGGCAUUCUUGCUAUUUUUGAUCUACACCUCGAUAUUCUGUUGGGUUGUUUUUGCCAUUUCAGCCGUCUGGGUCUGGACCGAGAUCCUAAACGAUACCCAGUACAUGGAUACUAUUCUUCCGGUCAAUGUAGUUCUGCUGGCUAUCCUGGGUGGCAUCAUUGGAUUGGUUUUGGGUGGAUUUACAGCCUGGCAUAUCAGUCUAGCUAUACGGGGUACCACUACCAUUGAAUGUUUGGAAAGGACCCGAUAUGUGUCGCCUUUGCGCAAAGCGCUAUACAGACAGCGGAAUGAACCGGCGCCCAACAAUAACUAUUGGGGCGAGCCGGGCGAGGAAAGCUUAUCCAACCGAAUGCAAGACUAUGGAAAUCAAAUUAUCGAUGCCCACGCCAAUGCAAUCCCGGGAGUCACCCGGCCCGAAGAGGGCAUAUCUCCUGUGCCGCGCCCAUCAGGGCCCCCAGACGGCUCAGGGAACGGCCUCACGCCAGCGCAACAAGCGUUGACGCGGUCAUACGCCGAAAUGGAACGGCAGCGCGAGCACUCGCGGUACGAGGAGUAUCAAAACGACGAAGACAACGAAAAAAUGCCCAGCGCGUUUGACCACGGCUGGCGGCGUAACCUGCUCCACCUUUUCGGGGACCGACCGCUGCUCUGGGCUGUGCCCAUCUGCACAACUACUGGCGAUGGCUGGCACUGGGAGCCUAGUGCUAAAUUCCUAGAAGCGCGUGACCGCAUGCGACAGCGCCGAGAACAGGAAUCCACCGAGGAGCAGCAGUACUACCGUGAGUUGUACCAGCGCAAUCUAGACAACAGUAAUAGUUGGAUGGGAGGCGGUCCACAGCAGCGGGUGACAAGCCGCGGUGGCCUGCCUGAUCGACCUCCGACGUCGGUGUCGAUGCAGACUCUUGCACCUCGAUCACCGCGGCCGCGGCCUGGCGAUAGUGAUUAUGGGGAUGACGUGGAGGACGAUGGGUUAUUGGAUCCGGGCGCUGGCCGCCAGCAACCCACACGCCGUGAUCAUGAUGAAUGGCGGGCCUGGGACUAA